AAACCCUAUGGUGUUCGAUCGAUCACUUCCAUUAUUCCCUUUAUAAACCCAGGUGGGGAGUUCCCGCUUUAGCAGCCAAAGGUGUUGUAAGUUAGAAGCUAGAGAGCCCUAAAAUCCAGAAGCUUAGCUUAGCUGCUGGGUGAAGCAAAACUAUAGUCUUUGUUGUUGUUGUUGGAUCGUUUCCUUGUUUCGCCAAGACGGGUGUGCCUGUGUGGAUGUUGGGGUUGGGUGUUGAUCGGUUGCGAGCCGAUAUGAAUCGGUUGCUCGCAAUGCUCUUUCACCAGGGAGUAUUGGAUGAGCAAUUCUUGCAACUGCAGCAGCUUCAAGACGAGAGCUCCCCAAACUUUGUUUCUGAAGUUGUAAACAUCUACUUCCAAGAGUCGGAGAAGCUGUUGAGAAAUCUCAGAGCACUACUGAUGGAUAGGGAGUUCUCGGACUACAAGAAAAUGGGGAUCCAUUUGAAUCAGUUGAUCGGAAGCAGCUCAAGCAUUGGUGCCAAGAGACUCAGAAACGUCUGCGUUGCUUUUCGAACCGCUUCUGAACAACACAACCGUGCUGGGUGCUUGAGAGCUUUAGAGCUGCUGGAACAUGACUAUUGCUACCUCAAGAACAAGCUGCAUGAAUUGUUCCAGAUAGAGCAGCAACGAGUAUUGGCAGCUGGGGUUCGAUACCCAAUACAGCAGAUCAAUUAAAGCAGUAAGUUAGCCGUAAAACCCAGCUGGUUGUGCAGGUCUCUCGCUCAAAAUCAAUCACAUUCAUAAUCCCAGUACCACUGUAGUAGUAUUGCUAGGCUUAAGCUACUAAGCUCCACAGUUGCAGAAGAAACACAGAUCCAUUGAGGACGCAAGGUUUUUAUGUCACUGCCAUAAACCCACCUAUAUAUGUACGUAGGCCCUUAUUAUUGUAGAGAUCAUCAAUAUGCUUUGAAUGAAAGUGGAUUCUAGCU